GUGAGAAACUGUUAAUACCGCAUUUAAAAUGCAGUUAAAAGAAAGAUGUUUAGUUGUAGUAGCCCUUAUUUCAGGUCGAAAUUUCCCCUCCCGUCCAACACAUCAUUUAUUAUGUGAAGCAAAAUUUAAUAAUGAAGUGUUGACAACUGAUCCAGUUCCACAUAAUGAAGAACCACAAUUUGAACAGGAGCUUGCAUGGGAUUUAGACAAAACUAACUUAAAGCAACACCGUUUACAAAGAAGUGCUCUGAAAGUGACAGUUUCUGCUGUUGACAACCAUUCACCAGUCAAAGAACCAAUAGGAUAUUUUAUGCUUGAUUUACGUUCGUGUUCUACUGAGAAGGUUUACAAAUGGUAUCGCCUUCUGCAUUCUAAAUAUAAAAACAAUCCAGCUGUAUUUGGUUCAAUUUAUUUAGACAGCGAUGGGCAAGAAAUUGUUUCUAAUCCAAAAAUUAAGACAGGUUUAGCUAUGAGUUUAUCAAAGAAUGACUUAAUACCUCGUGUCUAUAAUUCAGACGAUGAAGAUCGUGCUACAUUUUCAAAAAACCCAACAACAGGACAAACAGAUAUAAUUAAAUGGUAUACAAUUGGUCCAAGAUGUUUAGCAAAAGAAAAUUUUAUGCUUAACUUUCGUUUUGAAGAAGCUGUCAGAUUAGGCUCAUUAAUACCGACUGAGCAAAGUUUAUGUCUAGGUGAACAAAUUGGAGGAUUUCAUUUCACAUGUGACAUUUUAAAUGUAUCAAUCUAUUCAAGAAAAUUUGAUCAACUUAUGCAAAUGAAAUUCACCUCUGAAGAGUUUACUUUUCAUAUUAAAUCUACAGUUGAUAUCUUACGUAUUUAUUUUAAUCAUGUUACUCCGUUGGUUGUCAAGUUUUGUUUCGGCAAUGUUGUCUUAGCACAAGCUUUAAUUCCUAUUGAACAAUUGCUAUCAAUCAAUGAUCAUUCAUUGUCUACUCCUGCUGUACUAAAUCAAAGUUUUGAUCUUAUUUCUGUAGAAUCCAGCCACAACAUGACAGAUUAUCAAAGUAAACAUAUUGAAGAUAAACCACGUGUCAAUGUUAGUAUAGUACUUCGACAAUAUCAUUCAGGAAGGCCUUCAGCACAAAUGACGACGACAACACCACCACCAACAACAACAACAUUAAUCAAUAGUAAUAAUAAUCAAAAUCUUAGGAAUACAUACAAUAUUACAGAAUCGAAAAAUGCUACAGAUUUAUCAAACAAUGUUGCCUCGAUGAAUGUCUAUUAUCCUCAUUCAAAGAUGAAUACAAUGUAUUCAAAUUCAAAUAAUCAAUAUGGCGAUCAGCUUAAAAACUCUACAUCAGAAGAAGAAAAUUUCAAACAAUUCAAUGGCAUAUUUAAAUGUGAAGAAUUGACACAGCCAUUGAAGUUAUCAUCAAAUUAUUUCAAGUCAACAGACGACUAUACACCCAACUGGCAUCGUUACUGUUAUACUAUAGAACUUAGAAGUGUUAAAAAUAUUCAAGGUUUUGAUAAUGAAUUACAACUGUAUGCUAGAUAUGUAUAUCCAUUAUUCGGAAGCGGAGCACCAGUUAUGACACUUCCACCCGUUUCAGUAGCUAGACAUCAAGAAGUUAUUUUGCCUCAUGGAUUUUGUGCCUUUGAAUUCGCUGCAUCUCCUGAUGAACUAAAAACUCGAUUAACUGAAAAUCCAUUGAAUGUUGAGUUUUUCGAUAGAUCACAAGGUUCUGUAUCAAUGGAUUUAUCUAUCGGCUUUGCAACUAUCCCAUUGGCAUCAGUCUUUGAGUCACCUAUCACUAAAGCUACCAAAGCAUCCUCUACUCUAGUAAGACGUAUAAAUGGUUGUGUGAAUGUAUUAGCGAAUCAAAGUAGUGCAAAUGAAUCAAAAACUAUCGGCCAGCUUGUUUAUUCUCUACAAUUGGAAGAUUUUGGUAUGCAUUCUGUGAACAGCAGUAGUUGCGUUGUAGACACAACAAAUGAAUAUGUUAGUCGUGUGGCUGAUGACAGUAAGCCUACGGAACCUUCAGAUAUUCGAUCAACUCGAGAAUAUCAAGUUGCUAUGGAGUUAGAAUUAUGGCGUGCAGCAGAAGAAGCAAAAUUUACUGCUCAACUGAAGAAACGUGAACAAGCACUGAUGGCUACACUGGCUGAAGAAUGGCACAAAAGAGAUAGUCAACGUGAAAUUAUUUGUCGUAAGAAACUUUCAGAAUAUCAAGCCUUAGAAGAAAAGCUACGUAAUAUACUCACUGAAUUAGCAACAAGAGAACGUCAGCUAACUGCUGGUGAAGCAGAAUUAGUACGUUUAAAACAAGAAAGUUUACGUGAAGUAGAAGUUAAACGCAAAGAGGUGAAUCAACAGUCUCAAAUUCAAAUUCGUGAUUUAGAAUGUCAAAUUAAGCUAGAAAAGAAAAACAAUGAACAUUGGAAAACACAAGUUAGUGAAUGGCAAAAUAAAUAUGCUUGCUUAGAAGAAGAAAAUAAAAGUCUACGAAAUAAACUCAACACUGCUAAGCUCAACACGCAGACUGAUAAUAAUAAAGGGACUAAUGAAACUGCUACAACAAAUCAUGAAGUGGCUCAAUUGACUGCAGAAUUGGCCAUUUGUCGUGCUAAACUCUCUGAAACAGAAUGUCAUCUAGUUGAAGUGGAACGUGGUCGAGCUAGAUAUCGUCAGUUAUGGACAAAAUCUUUGCAUGAAUUAGCCAGAAUAAAACAAGAAGCUGAUGAGGCUACACGUAUAUGCUUAGCUCAAAAAGAAGCUGAAUUAGAACAAUUGAGAUCGUAUUAUAUGAAUGUUGAUGAUGAUAAUAAUAAGCAGUUAACCAGUCGGGGGAUAAAGAAAGAAACAAUUGAAGAUGAGUUGGAACAAACUACAAAGAAGCAGCGUGAUUUGACAAACGAAACAAAUGUUGCCAGUUUCAAACCAGUAGUUGUAAGUGAAAAAAUGGACGCCCAAAUAGCUCGUCUCAUUGAAGAACGUGAUGGUCUGCUGAAUACAGGAGUGUAUGAGAACACUGAUUCUCUAAUCAUGGAUCUUGAUAGACAAAUCAAAUUUCUUUUGGAGAGAACUUAACCUCUGUUUUCGUUUAUUUAGCUUUUCUUAACCAACUAUAGAUUAACUUUUCAAAAAUAGAUUCUGUAAAAAAA